UAUCGGUCUUGCAUCUUUGCGAUGUUCUAGCUCUCUAUUCCGCAAUCAAGACUUCAAACUUUGCUAUCCGAGGCGAUUGCUGGCCGUGUGGCCCAGUGGCAGCCAGUGAUAAGUCGCCGAUUUGGGCCUUAUGCAGCAAUCAGCCAACCAGAAUUUUGCUCCUGGGGCUGGCGGACGGCGGUCCCUUCAUCCCGCUCAAUUUUUGGGUUUCCACUAUUACCACCACUGGCACUACUACUAUUAGACAUAUGACACUUCCGGAGCGCAACGACUUUUCUCGCCUGUCUACUCCGAGUUCUUCUCCUUGUCAACAUGCCAGUACAUCUUCGGUGAGCGCAGGCGCAGGCACACUUGACUACGCAGGCAUGGCGUCAAACUCCAUCAAGCUCUUGACUGGCAACAGUCAUCCCGAAUUGGCCAAGGCGGUGGCCGCCAGGCUCGGGAUUGAGCUCACCAAGAUUAUGGUCUUGCAGUAUUCCAAUCAAGAAACGAGUGUCACAAUCGGUGAAUCUGUCAGAGAUGAAGAUGUAUUCAUUUUACAGUCGACGCGACCGAACGACAUCAACGAUGGGCUCAUGGAACUCCUCAUCAUUUGCAACGCUUGCAAAACCGCCUCGGCUCGACGGGUGACUGCCAUUCUCCCCAACUUCCCAUAUGCGCGACAGGACAAGAAAGACAAGUCUAGGGCGCCCAUCACGGCCAAGUUGAUGGCCAACAUGCUACAGACUGCAGGAUGCAACCACAUUAUAACGAUGGAUCUUCACGCAUCUCAAAUCCAAGGCUUUUUCAAUGUUCCUGUGGACAACCUCUAUGCAGAGCCCAACUCUGUGAAAUGGGUGCGGGAAAAUCUCAUGCAUUCAACCGAGACGAAUUCCGAAGUCAAUGGACCCAGACAAGAAUGCGUCAUUGUCAGUCCCGAUGCUGGCGGGGCCAAGCGAGCCACAUCCAUCGCCGACAAACUCGAUCUUCCGUUUGCGCUGAUUCACAAGGAGCGAUCCCGGCCGAACGAGGUGAGCCGCAUGACGCUGGUUGGAACAGUCGAAGGCAAGGUGGCCAUUCUCGUGGACGAUAUGGCCGAUACUUGCGGCACCUUGGCUAAGGCCGCCGACACUCUUAUCAAACAUGGGGCAAAGGACGUUGUUGCUCUGGUCACCCAUGGAAUCUUGUCUGGCAAAGCCGUCGAAAUCCUGAAGGGCUCGUCUCUCUCCAGGCUAGUCAUUACAAAUACAGUUCCGGUUUCAGAAGAGAAGAUCGAGGCUCUGAAAGUCGAGGAGGGCCAAAAGGGCUGCAGGCUCGAAUUCAUUGAUAUCGCUCCUGUCUUGGCAGAAGCGAUCCGAAGGACACAUAACGGCGAGAGCGUUAGCUACCUGUUCAACCACCCGGUGGCAUAAACCCCCUCCAUACUCAGAGAAUGGCGGCUUUCGUCGACAUCAUUAUCAGCGAAUGUGCUUUCAAAUCGAGGAGACCCACAGGCGUCUUCGAACCCGCCUAGUGUCGCCUAUCUGAUUCAAAAGACGGUUCAGCCAGCGACAACGAUAGUACGAGUCAUGUAAGGCUACAGUGGACAAGCCUACAAACUCCGCAGAGAUGACCUCAACCAUCUCCGUUGGCAUAUCUUUCCCUGGCAGAAUGCGUCUGAAUUACUGCGAGCAAGGUCAAAGGUAGCGGCUGUCAAUAAUUGCGUUUGGUUUGCUUUCUACCACGGCUUCUACUCUUCGGUCGAGUAGUGAUCGAGUUUGCAAGAGAGGUCGUCCCACUGGCACGAUGCGCAAGACCUAAAGAAACGAGGUAGUAGCAUUCCGGCCUCUGGGAGCCAGCGAGAACACAGAGCUCGGCGGAGCUGGUUUAUACCGAAAUCUACCUGGAAAAUGUGUCGCCGACGAAAACAGUGGCUUACCUUGACCGCAGACAAGACAGCAUUGGAUAGAAGUACAUUGUAGCUUUUCCAACGGACGUGAUUUGCAGUGCAAAUUCUCGAGGCGGAAGGAUCUUAAACACGCUGCAGUCUACAAUAAGAACAAACAUCAGUUUCACUCUACCUGGGUAAUUACCUGGUAGCUUAGGUACUGUAUCCGAAUCCCUUUCAUGGACAGGCCGGAGAGCUUCGGUCCACAUAAUUCUCAGGUCUGA